AGAGGAUGGACACGGCGAACACUUCGAGCUCAGACUUCACAGACUCCAGUAAAAUAGUAAAUUAUUUGAUUGAGAAGUAUGCAGAUGUUGGAUUUGGUCAGCCUGGAAAAUUCUCUAACGAGCCACAGUCUCUAGUUUGUAUGUCCCCCGUAGCGCGUCGUUUUGGAAACGUCCGCCCUAUGUGCGCUGCGCCUCCUGGCUCAAGCAACAACAGUGCCAUGUUCAAAGACUGUGCUGUUAGAGAUCACGCCUAUUAUGACUGCUCUGACCCUCUGCCGUGGGUAGAGGUGUGUGGUAUAGAUGGAGUGAAGGAGUCCGUGUUAUCGCAGCCGGCCCCAACAGUAACUCAGGAAAGUUUGCAGAGAGCGGCCGUGAACAUGAUAUCGACACCCGGUUCAACCACAGCCACCGGGGUUUGUAAGAUCAUCAAAGAUGAGAAGGAGCCGUCACUAAUCAUGGAAACACCGUGUCCCGAUUUUGAUCUAACGGCCAACAUCCCUACCCUCGAGACCUGUUAUGACAGCGAGAGGAAACAACAACUGUUAGGGUUUAUGGAUGAUUCGGCAGCGUCUUUUCCCCCCUCGGUACCUGGACAACAGAACCAACAAGUACUAUUGGACAGUUCUCCGAACUUUCUAGUCGACUUGAAUCAGAACGACCAGAUGUCGACGGUUCCCCAGAUCCGGACGGACUCCCGAGGUGUUCCCUUUCCUACUCAUCACAGUAAAGGCAUGCUGAAUUUUGACGUAAUGAGCAGUAACGGACAGGUUCCACAGCAGCACUUGAUGAUUUAUAAGAGUGAAAUGCCCAGAUGGUCCAUUCAGACCUCUCCUACUCAGUCCCCGUACUGGUGCCAGUCCAGCGGGGUCUCCGAGGACCAGUAUCCGCACCAUGGCUACUCCUCCCCGGAUGGAAAUCACACCUCAGCUCUGCUCCAGAGGUCCCCGACCUAUACUGGAUAUGGCGGGUAAGAAUGACGCAUUAUUUCAUGUAUAGUUGAACAUAACCAUUGUAAAAGUCUCAACACUGUCACAUCUUUCAGUUAAUUUAAAUUAGUGUUUUCAUACUUUUAUUGCCCCAAAUGAGCUUUUUUAAAAUUAUUCCUCUGUGAUAUCAGUGUGCCAAUGUUGUCCGUGUAAACAACCAAUGUCUCGUAUGUGUCUUCAAUGGUUUUGCAGUGUUCCACCCCAGAGGCUGUGUAUGAUCUGUGGCGAUGAGGCUUCAGGGUGUCACUAUGGGGUCGUCACGUGUGGAAGCUGCAAAGUCUUCUUUAAAAGAGCAGUUGAAGGUAAGCAACACCAUAUAAGAGGAUUGGAGCAGUAUGUCAUAUGGUAUGGAGAUUCGACGGGACUGCUGCUGCAUUGACCCACUGUUGGUUGAAUACUGCCAAAUUAUGAUGAGAAAAGGCAAAUGAUGAUGUUUCAGGAAGAAAAUUAAAAAGGCGUGGUAAAAAUGAGAAAUAUUGAGGGUUGUUGUGGCCUUUCGAACCCUAAUCCCCAGACACUGAAAGCAGACACUAAAGAAUGUUACACUUUUUACUAAGUACCAUUGUUAUGUCUUUUUAAAUGACUGGCACAGAAUUAAAGCACAGCACAGACAGUAUCACACAGUAUCACAUUGACCAGUGUUCACAAUGUUCCGUUUUUCUGACUUGUUUUGGUCUCGUUAUCUUGGAGAUUUAUUAGAGCCACUAAGGCGGACCAUGGUUAUGUCACUACCAGUCUGACCAUGGUCAUGUCUCUACCAGUCUGACCAUGGUCAUGUCUCUACCAGUCUGACCAUGGUCAUGUCUCUACCAGUCUGACCAUGGUCAUGUCACUACCAGUCUGACCAUGGUCAUGUCACUACCAGUCUGACCAUGGUCAUGUCUCUACCAGUCUGACCAUGAUCAUGUCUCUACCAGUCUGACCAUGGUCAUGUCACUACCAGUCUGACCAUGGUUAUGUCACUACCAGUCUGACCAUGGUCAUGUCUCUACCAGUCUGACCAUGGUCAUGUCACUACCAGUCUGACCAUGGUCAUGUCUCUACCAGUCUGACCAUGGUCAUGUCUCUACCAGUCUGACCAUGGUUAUGUCACUACCAGUCUGAACAUGUUCAUGUCUCUACCAGUUAGACCAUGGUCAUGUCACUACCAGUCUGACCAUGUUCAUGUCACUACCAGUCUGACCAUGGUCAUGUCUCUACCAGUCUGACCAAGAUCAUGUCACUACCAGUCUGACCAUGGUCAUGUCACUACCAGUCUUACCAUGGUUAUGUCACUACCAGUCUGACCAUGGUCAUGUCUCUACCAGUCUGACCAUGGUUAUGUCUCUACCAGUCUGACCAUGGUCAUGUCACUACCAGUCUGACCAUGGUCAUGUCUCUACCAGUCUGACCAUGGUCAUGUCUCUACCAGUCUGACCAUGGUCAUGUCACUACCAGUCUGACCAUGGUCAUGUCUCUACCAGUCUGACCAUGGUCAUGUCACUACCAGUCUGACCAUGAUCAUGUCUCUACCAGUCUAACCAUGGUCAUGUCACUACCAGUCUGACCAUGGUUAUGUCACUACCAGUCUGACCAUGGUCAUGUCUCUACCAGUCUGACCAUGGUCAUGUCACUACCAGUCUGACCAUGAUCAUGUCUCUACCAGUCUGACCAUGGUCAUGUCUCUACCAGUCUGACCAUGGUCAUGUCACUACCAGUCUGACCAUGGUCAUGUCACUACCAGUCUGACCAUGGUCAUGUCACUACCUGUCUGACCAUGGUCAUGUCUCUACCAGUCUGACCAUGGUCAUGUCUCUACCAGUCUGACCAUGGUCAUGUCUCUACCAGUCUGACCAUGUUCAUGUCACUACCAGUCUGACCAUGGUCAUGUCUCUACCAGUCUGACCAUGGUCAUGUCACUACCAGUCUGACCAUGUUCAUGUCACUACCAGUCUGACCAUGGUCAUGUCUCUACCAGUCUGACCAUGGUCAUGUCUCUACCAGUCUGACCAUGGUCAUGUCACUACCAGUCUGACCAUGGUCAUGUCUCUACCAGUCUGACCAUGGUCAUGUCACUACCAGUCUGACCAUGGUCAUGUCUCUACCAGUCUGACCAUGGUCAUGUCACUACCAGUCUGACCAUGGUUAUGUCUCUACCAGUCUGACCAUGGUCAUGUCUCUACCAGUCUGACCAUGUUCAUGUCUCUACCAGUCUGACCAUGGUCAUGUCACUACCAGUCUGACCAUGGUCAUGUCUCUACCAGUCUGACCAUGGUCAUGUCACUACCAGUCUGACCAUGGUCAUGUCUCUACCAGUCUGACCAUGGUCAUGUCACUACCAGUCUGACCAUGGUCAUGUCUCUACCAGUCUGACCAUGGUUAUGUCACUACCAGUCUGACCAUGGUCAUGUCACUACCAGUCUGACCAUGGUCAUGUCUCUACCAGUCUGACCAUGGUUAUGUCUCUACCAGUCUGAUCAUGGUCAUGUCUCUACCAGUCUGAUCAUGGUCAUGUCACUACCAGUCUGACCAUGGUUAUGUCUCUACCAGUCUGACCAUGGUCAUGUCUCUACCAGUCUGACCAUGGUUAUGUCUCUACCAGUCUGACCAUGGUCAUGUCUCUACCAGUCUGAUCAUGGUCAUGUCUCUACCAGUCUGACCAUGAUCAUGUCAAUACCAGUCUGACCAUGGUCAUGUCACUACCAGUCUGACCAUGCAUGGUCAUGUCUCUACCAGUCUGACCAUGGUCAUGUCUCUACCAGUCUGACCAUGGUCAUGUCUCUACCAGUCUGACCAUGGUCAUGUCACUACCAGUCUGACCAUGGUCAUGUCACUACCAGUCUGACCAUGGUCAUGUCUCUACCAGUCUGACCAUGGUCAUGUCUCUACCAGUCUGACCAUGCAUGGUCAUGUCUCUACCAGUCUGACCAUGGUCAUGUCUCUACCAGUCUGAUCAUGGUCAUGUCACUACCAGUCUGACCAUGGUCAUGUCUCUACCAGUCUGACCAUGGUCAUGUCUCUACCAGUCUGACCAUGGUCAUGUCACUACCAGUCUGAACAUGUUCAUGUCUCUACCAGUCUGACCAUGGUCAUGUCACUACCAGUCUGACCAUGGUCAUGUCACUACCAGUCUGACCAUGGUCAUGUCACUACCAGUCUGACCAUGGUCAUGUCUCUACCAGUCUGACCAUGGUCAUGUCUCUACCAGUCUGAUCAUGGUCAUGUCACUACCAGUCUGACCAUGGUCAUGUCUCUACCAGUCUGACCAUGGUCAUGUCUCUACCAGUCUGACCAUGGUCAUGUCACUACCAGUCUGAACAUGUUCAUGUCUCUACCAGUCUGACCAUGGUCAUGUCACUACCAGUCUGACCAUGGUCAUGUCUCUACCAGUCUGACCAUGGUCAUGUCACUACCAGUCUGACCAUGGUCAUGUCACUACCAGUCUGACCAUGGUCAUGUCACUACCAGUCUGACCAUGGUUAUGUCUCUACCAGUCUGACCAUGGUCAUGUCACUACCAGUCUGACCAUGGUCAUGUCACUACCAGUCUGACCAUGGUCAUGUCACUACCAGUCUGACCAUGGUUAUGUCUCUACCAGUCUGACAGUCUUAGAGAACCCAUCUCCAUUAGACAAUAUUACAGACAGUCUUAGAAUCUUUAUUUUCACCUCUCUCUGAGAUUAUUGUCUUUGAAAAGUAAUUAUAAGAACACACUCUAAACCACAUUGACUGUAUUCGGUUCUUCUAUUCAACAGGACAUCAUAACUAUCUCUGCGCCGGUCGAAAUGACUGCAUCGUGGAUAAGAUACGGAGAAAGAAUUGCCCUGCGUGUCGCCUGAGGAAGUGCUACCAAGCUGGGAUGAUGCUAGGAGGUACCUUUAUGUGGUCCUGUCUCUCUCUCUGUCCUUUUCUUCUUAAUGAAUGCCCUCCUACCAAAUCAUCUAGAGAACAUCACAUUAAAGGGGUUACGAAUUAACACUCUCUCAUCCUAAGCAGGAGUCACACACUAUGAAAUCAUAAUUUCCAGUCAAGGAGAAUGUUCAAAUGUCCUUUCAGGUCACACACAGAGACCAAACACUUCAUGGAAAUGAACAAAAUAAUCAAAUCUUAAUUUGAUCACCCUGUCGCAGGAGAACUUUCCUGCAAUGCAGGACUUUUUAAAAUUGUCACGAAUUCAGCCGAGGCUGCCCCUCCUCCUUGCUCAGGAGACGCAUUGUGAGCAGGUCACUUUUUCCAUCAUUGAGUCUCCUGCUUUCCCUGUGGUGUUAGGUAUUCCAUGGCUAGCACUCCACAACCCCACUUUCUCAUGGCCGCAGAGGGCUCUCACGGGGUGGUCGCGAGAGUGUCAGGGUAGGUGUAUGGGGUGUUUCCGUUGGUGCAUCCACGGUGGAAAGUCCAGACGGUGCCUCCACUGUGCACAUUCCCCCCCGAAUACCAUUAUCUGGCACAAGUUUUCUCCAAAAAUAAAGCAACUAAAUUGCCACCUCAUCGGGCGGGGGAUUGCGCAAUAAACCUUCGGGUAGAUGCUGUGCCUCCCUGGAGUCAUGUGUAUCCCCUGUCGCAGGCGGAGACGGAGGCUAUGGAGACAUACGUCACCGAGUCCCUGUGCCAGGGGUUCAUACGUCCCUCCACUUCACCCGCCUCCUCUAGUUUAUUUUUUGUGAAGAAGAAAGAUGGCGGUCUGCGCCCGUGCAUUGAUUAUCGACCACUGAACAAGGAGACGAUUAGAUUUAGUUAUCCUCUCCCCCUCAUUCCGUCAGUGGUUGAGUCAUUGCAUGGAGCGCGCUUCUUCACUAAAUUAGAUCUCCGGAGUGCGUACAACCUGGUGCGUAUCUGAGAGGGAGAUGAGUGGAAGACAGCAUUCAGCACAACCACGGGGCUUUAUGAAUACCUGGUGAUGCCGUACGGUUUGAUGAAUGCUCCCUCAGUCUUCCAGUCCUUUGUGAACGAGGUGUUUCUGGACAUGCUUGGUCACGGUGUAGUGGUCUACAUCGAUGACAUCCUGGUGUAUUCCGCUACGCGUGCCGAGCAUGUGUCCCUGGUUCGCAAAGUGCUGGCCCGACUGUUGGAACAUGACCUUUAUGCCAAGGCAGAAAUGUGUCUGUUUUUCCAACAGUCCGUCUCCUUCCUCGGAUACCGCAUUACCACCUCAGGUGUGGAGAUGGAGGGCGACCGCAUUUCAUACGUGCGUAAUUGGCUGACUCCAACCACGGUAAAGGAGGUGCAGUGCUUUAUUGGCUUUGCCAACUACUAUCAGAGGUUUAUCCGGGGCUUUGGCAAGGUCGCAGCUCCCAUCACCUCUCUGCUGAAGGGUGGGCCGUCCAGGCUCCUCUGGUCUGCUGAGGCUGACAGGAACUUCAGUAACCUGAGGGUUCUGUUCACCUCAGCCCCGGUACUGGCCCACCCCGAUCCAUCACUACCGUUCGUAGUGGAGGUGGAUGCGUCCGAGGUGGGGAUGGGAGCAGUCCUGUAUCAACGCUCGGGCACGCCACCCAAGCUCCACCCCUGUGCCUUCUUCUCCAAGAAGCUCAGCCCAGCGGAGCAGAACUACGACGUUGGUGAUCGGGAGCUGUUGGCUGUUGUCCGAGCUCUGACAGUGUGGAGACAUUGGCUCGAGGGGGCGUAACACCCUUUCCUCGUCUGGACGGACCACCGUAACCUGGAGUACAUCCGGGCAGCGAGGAGGCUGAACCCUCGCCAGGCCAGGUGGGCCCUAUUCUUCACCUGGUUUGAUUUUACUCUGUCUUACAUCCUGGGUACGAAGAAUGUGAAGGCAGACGCACUGUCACGGCUGUACGACACAGAGGAGAGGCCCAUAGAUAACACCCCAUACUCCCGGCCUCCUGCAUUGUGGCGCCUGUAGUAUGGGGCGAUGGAUGCGGAUAUAGAGCAGGCGUUACGCACAGAUCCAUCUCCACCUCAGUGUCCAGCUGGGCUGCGGUACGUGCCUGCUCUUUUCCGUGGCCGUCUGAUCUACUGGGCACACACGUCCCCCUCCUCUGGUCACCCAGGUAUCGGUCGUACAAUGCGCUGCCUGACCGAGAAGUACUGCUGGCCUACCUUGGCUAAGGACGUGAGGGUGUAUGUUUCCUCCUGCUCAGUGUGCGCCCAGAGUAAGGCACCUAGGCACCUCCCAGCAGGUAAGUUAAAACCUUUACCAGUUCCACAACGACCAUGGUCUCAUCUUAGUAUUUAUUUCCUUACUGAUCUUCCCCUCUCUCAAGGUAACACCACCAUCCUGGUCGUUGUGGACUGCUUUUCCAAGGACUGCCGCCUCCUUCCUCUGUCCGAUCUCCCCACGGCCCUGCAGACUGCCGAGGCCCUGUUUACACACGUCUUCCGGCACUACGGGGUACCAGAGGACAUAGUGUCUGACCGGGGUCCCCAGUUCACGUCAAAAGUCUGGAAGGCGUUCAUGGAACGUCUGGGGGUCUCGGUCAGCCUGACCUCUGGGUUCCACACCGAGUCUAAUGGGCAGGUGGAACUGGUAAAUCAGGACGUGGGUAGGUUCCUGAGGUCCUAUUGCCAGGAUCGGCCGGGGGAGUGGUCGGUGUUCCUGCCAUGGGCCGAAUAUGCCCAGAACUCUCUCCGCCACUCCUCUAACCUAACGCCAUUUCAGUGUGUUUUGGGUUACCAACCUGUCCUGGCACCGUGGCACCAGAGCCAGACCGAAGCUCUUGCGGUGAAUGACUGGUUUCGGCGCUCGGAGGAGACGUGGAACGCUGCCCGUGUUCACCUCCAACGCGCCGUGCGUCAUCAGAAGGAAAAAAGCUGACCGUCACCGCAGUGAGGCCCCCGUCUUUGUACCGGGGGAUCGGGUCUGGCUCUCGACCCGGAAUCUGCCCCUCCGCCUGCCCUGCCGGAAGCUGAGCCCGCGGUUUGUAGGGCCGUUCAAAGUCCUGAGGAGAAUCAACGAGGUCACAUAUAGGUUAUUACUUCCCCCUGAUUACCCCUCGUUUCAUGUGUCUCUGGUCAGGCCGGUGGUGGCUGGUCCGCUCCAGGAGUCUGAGGUGCGGGAGGUCCCUCCACCUCCUUUGGACAUCAAGGGGGCGCCGGCGUACUCUCUCCGUUCCAUACUAGAUUCGAGGCGCCGGGUGGGGGGCCUUCAGUACCUCGUGGAGUGGGAAGGGUACAGUCCGGAGGAACGGUGCUGGGUCCCGGUGAGGGAUAUCCUCGAUCCCUCUCUGUUGAGGGACUUCCAUCGUCGCCACCCGACUCGCCCUGCUCCGCGUCCUCCUGGCUGUCCCCGAGGCCGGGGUCGCCGGGGUCGACGCGCUGCUACAGCUGCGCGUCAAGGGAGGGGUACUGUCACGAAUUCAGCCGAGGCUGCCCCUCCUCCUUGCUCGGGCAGGUUUCGGCGUUCGUUGUCACCGGCUUACUGGCCACUACCGCUUCAUUUAUCAUCACUCCAUUUGUCUUGUCUUGUCAAUCACACACACCUGGUAAUCAUUCCCUCAUUAGUCUGUGUAUAAGUGUUCCCUCUGCCCACUUGUCCUUUGUGAGUGAUUGUUCAUUGUGAGAGUAGCUCAGUUGAGCUACUCUUUCCUUGUAUGUAGCCAAGGUGGAUUUUUCCCUUGUGCUAGUUUCGUUUUGACGCUUGCUGCCCUUUAUUCAUGUACACUGAAUAAACUCUGGAUUUGGGUGUUUUGCCUCCUGCGCCUGACUCCGUCAUUCACACCUCGUCACAAAACUUGUAGUGUAUUUGAGGUUUAAAAAGGCUUCUGAAGUUUGUAAUUUCCACUUUGAAGUUUUCAGGCCUGAUUUUCCCUAAGGGAAAAUCUAUUAACCCCUACAAAAAUGUCCAUUAAUUAUAAUCCACGUAAUAAUUCACAUUUCCUGUUGCUGCAGGAUGAUCUUCCUUCUGUAGCAAUUUGGCUCAAAAUUAAGAUCCUACAUCUGUAUGGGUAAACAGUUGAUUCAUAAAUGAAAGUGCUCUUGCCGUUCUCUGAGCUUUUAUUUGAAACAUUUUACAGUUGAAGUCGGAAGUUUACAUAUACCUUAGCCAAAUACAUUUCAACUCAGUUUUUCACAAUUCCUGAUAUUUAUUCCUAGUAAAAAUUCCCUGUCUUAGGUCAGUUAGGAUCACCACUUUAUUUUAAGAAUGUGAAAUGUCAGAAUAAUAGUAGAGAGAAUGUUUUAUUUAAGGUUUUAUUUCUUUCAUCACAUUCCCAGUGGGUCAGAAGUUUACAUACACUCAAUUAGAAUUAGGUAGCAUUGCCUUUAAAUUGUUUUACUUGGGUCAAACGUUUCGGGUAGCCUUCCACAAGCUUCCCACAAUAAGUUGGGUUAAUUUUGGCCCAUUCCUCCUGACAGAGCUGGUGUAACUGAGUCAGGUUUGUAGGCCUCCUUGCUCGCACACACUUUUUCAGUUCUGCCCACAAAUGUUCUAUAGGAUUGAGGUCAGGGCUUUGUGAUGGCCACUCCAAUACCUUGACUUUGUUGUCCUUAAGCCAUUUUGCCACAACUUUGGAAGUAUGCUUGGGGUCAUUGUCCAUUUGGAAGACUCAUUUGCGACCAAGCUUUAACUUCCUGACUGAUGUCUUGAGAUGUUGCUUCAAUAUAUCCACAUCAUUUUCCUUCCUCAUGAUGCCAUCUAUUUUGUGAAGUGCACCAGUCCCUCCUGCAGCAAAGCACCCCCACAGCAUGAUGCUGCCACCCCCAUGCUUCACGGUUGGGAUGGUGUUCUUCGGCUUGCAAGCCUUCCCCUUUUUCCUCCAAACAUAACGAUGGUCAUUAUGGCCAAACAGUUCUAUUUUUGUUUCAUCAGACCAGAGGCCAUUUCUCCAAAAAGUAUGAUUUUUGUCCCCAUGUGCAGUUGCAAACCGUAGUCUGGCUUUUUAAUGGCGGUUUUGGAGCAGUGGCUUCUUUCUUGUUGAGCGGCCUUUCAGGUUAUGUCAAUAUAGGGCUCAUUUUACUGUGGACAUAGAUACUUUUGUACCUGUUUCCUCCAGCAUCUUCACAAGGUCCUUUGCUGUUGUUCUGGGAUUGAUUUGCACUUUUCGCACCAAAGUCCGUUCAUCUCUAGGAGACAGAACAAGUCUCCUUCCUGAGCGGUAUGACGGCUGCGUGGUCCCAUGGUGUUUAUACUUUCGUACUAUUGUUUGUAUAGAUUAACGUGGUACCUUCAGGCGUUUGGAAUUUUCUCCCAAGGAUGAACCAGACUUGUGGAGGUCUACAAUCUUUUUUCUGAGGUCUUGGCUGAUUUCUUUUGAUUUUCCUAUGAUGUCAAGCAAAGAGGCACUGAGUUUGAAGGUAGGCCUUGAAAUACAUCCACAGCUACACCUCCAAUUGACUCAAAUGAUGUCAAUUAGCCUAUCAGAAGCUUCUAAAGCCAUGACAUCAUUUUCUGGAAUUUUCCACGCUGUUUAAAGGCACAGUCAACUUAGUGUAUGUAAACUUCUGACCCACUGGAAUUGUGAUACAGUGAAUUAUAAGUGAAAUAAUCUGUCUGUAAGCAAUUGAUGGAAAAUUACUUGUGUCAUGCACAAAGUAGAUGUCCUAACUGACUUGCCAAAACUAUAGUUUGUUAACAAGAAAUUUGUGGAGUGGUUGAAAAACGAGUUUUAAUGACUCCAACCUAAGUGUACGUAAACUUCCGACUUCAACUGCAUGUGUCAUGGGUUAUUGAGGAGGAGUUAGUGUGUUAUAUUACAGUAUCUAAUAAGUCAACCAUUCAGCUAAAAUUACAACUUAGAGAAAAAUAAAUGCAUUACAGUAAUUAUUUCGUAGCAUUUUUAUCCAGGCAAUCUAAACCUGAAUAUUUAUUUUAAAAAUGUUCUAUCUUUUAACUUUGGCCUCAGACAGAAUAUCUUAUGUCAGCCAACACAUCUGAUCACAUCUUAAUGAAGCAUUUUCAUAGAUUUUUUAACUUCAUAUUCAUUAUGUUCAACCCCAUACCAAUGUCUGUUCCUUGUACAUCUUUUAACUGACCCUUGUGGUAAUUAUGGUCACAGGGCGGAAGCUGAAGCGUUUUGGGGCCCUGAAGGCGGGUCUGGCCCCAGCCUUGAUGUUCCAGGGUCCCUUGUCAGCCCUGGGGGAUGGUCUGGCCCCAGCCUUGAUGUACCAGGGGCCCUUGUCAGCCCUGGGGGAUGGUCAGGCCCUGGCCUCUCUACCCUGCAUGCCUGGCCUCCACGAGCUGCACCUCUCCCCUCAGAUCAUCAGCAUUCUGGAGAGCAUCGAGCCUGAGGUGGGUCGUAGUUGCUGAUUUAGGGGGGGGGGGGGAUCCUAACCUCCACCUAAGUCUAAUUGUAACUUACUCUCCCAUUGACUUCAAUGCAUGACUAAGUGAACAUUUUGCCUUAAGGAAAAGUUAGGAUUCAUAUUCAUCAAAGGUACCUUUUGGUUUGUGUUGUUACGUCCUGCUGCUGACAAUGAAUUAACAUUCAGGGAUCAAUCAUAAAUAUUAAUAAACUAUAAUAAUAAUAAUAAACUAUAACUGAUAAUAAUAAUAUGCCAUUUAGCUUUUAUCCAAAGCGACUCACAGUCAUGUGCGCAUACAUGUUUACGUAUGGGUGGUCCCGGGGAUCGAACCCACUACCCUGGGCGCUACAAGCGCCGUGCUCUACCAGCUGAGCUACAGAGGACCUAAUCAUGUAUUCGUCUCUCCAUCCUACCAGGUGGUGUACUCUGGCUACGACAGCUCCCAGCCUGACAUGCCACACCUCCUCCUCAACAGCCUCAACAGACUGUGUGACAGACAGCUGCUGUGGAUCGUCCGCUGGUCCAAAUCCCUGC